AUGGCCGACGAUAAUUAUUCUGCAUCAGAACCAUUUAUAACGAUAAACAAUAACUUCAAUCACAAUUCAUCAACAACUGCAUCAUCAAUAAGAAGAAGCUCAAAUUCUUUUAAUAAAUUGAUUAAUAAUCAAUCAGAACUAACGCCGUCACCCACAAAUACCAUUUCCAAAAAGACUUUCAAAUUUGAUGAGAUUUAUGGAUCUCAAGCUGAUCAAUUAUUACUAUAUUCCAAUGUUGCAUUACCUUUGUUAAAAGACUUCAUAAAUGGGCAGAACAUUACCAUACUAGCAUAUGGUCAGACGGGGACUGGUAAAACGUAUACAAUGUGUGGGUUAAAUGAUCAAAAUAUUGAUUCAGUUCCAUUACCGGAGGUAGCAGGAAUAAUACCUCGAUUAUUGUCACAAUUAUUUGAAAUACUAGAUAAUGAAUCCUUAGAUAAUGAUUAUAUCGUUAAGAUUUCAUUUUUGGAGAUAUAUAAUGAAGAAUUGAUAGAUCUACUACUGCAACAGAAUAAAAAAUUAAGAAUUCAUGAAAAAGUUAAUCCAACUACAAAAUCAACCGCCACAUCAAAAUCUAUAGCAAUUCAAAAUUUAUCAGAAUUCACAAUUAGCAAUUACGAGGAGAGUAUAAAACUAUUGAGAAUGGGACUUAACAAAAAGAGAACAGCUUCAACAAAUCUCAAUGAACAUUCAUCAAGAUCUCAUACAAUUUUUGGUAUCCAAUUAUUCAAGAAAGAUGUAAGAAAUGACACAAUGUACAUAGUUUCUAAAAUGAAUUUAGUUGAUUUAGCAGGUUCAGAGAACAUAGGUAGAUCUGGAUCAGUAGUUAAAGAAGCCGGAGGUAUAAAUCAGUCAUUACUAACUUUGGGAAGAGUAAUAAAUUCAUUAAAUGAUAAGAAAACGUCUCAACAUAUACCCUACAGAGAAUCAAAAUUAACUCAUAUAUUACAAGACUCACUUGGUGGAAAUACUAAAACUGCUUUAAUAGCAACCAUAUCACCAGCUCAAAUUAAUGGACUGGAAACAACUUCAACACUAGAUUAUGCAAGUAAAGCUAAAAAUAUCAAGAACCUACCUCAAAAUGGUAACGAUUCAGAGAUGAUUCUUAAAAAAACAUUAGUCAAACAAUUAUCCAAGGAAAUCAAUCAAUUAAAUAUGGAUUUGAUUGCAACAAGAAACAAGAAUGGAAUUUAUUUGGAUGCUGAUAAUUAUAAUCAACUACUAAAGGAGAAUGAGUCGUUAAAAACGGAUAUGAAAGAGAGUUCCUUGAGGAUUGAACUGUUAUCAAGGAGAAGCGAGAAUAAUAAAGCAUCUUUAGAAUCAAACAAGUUAGAAAUUUCAAAAUUGCAUAGUGAAAAUGAUGAAUUAAGACAGAAACUUGAGGCUCUAGAGAGUAAACAUAAACUUUCAGUUCAGGCAAGUGCUAGAAAAGAUCUCACAAUAGACUCUCUAAAUGGAAAAUUAAAUCAAAUUUCAGAAAAAUCUUCAAAUUCAGCUGUAUUAUUAAUGAACUUAUUCUCAAAUCAUUUAAGUUCCUCAAUCAAUAUGAUAAAUGACUCCUUAAGUAUUCAGUCAGGAACUGGUACUUCAAAAAGAUUGAAUGAACUUCAAAACCAACUACAAUCAAAUCUACAUAAUUACAAGGAAAAUCUCGAACAAAAAAUCGAAUAUUAUCAGAACAAUAUACAAACUCUCGCAACAAAAGAUUUAAGUGAUAUUUUCAAUUCUUUUAAAACUAUGUUUGAUGAUUUAUUUUCAUGCCAAAAGACAAUGUAUAAUAAUGUUCAAGAAAUUUUCACUGAGUUGAAAAUUGCAAAUGAAAAACUUUCUGGUUUUUUAAAAGAUGAUUAUUUAACUAGCAUUGAUGAAAAAAUCUGCAAGAAACAAUAUGAAUAUUUCAAGGAUAAUUUAAAGUUAUUGUAUGACAAUUUGAAAUCGGAGAUGAACAAGGAAAUUGAAAAAUGUUUGAGCAGUGCUUCACAAAAUAAUAAAAAUAUUGUUCACGAUGAAAUCUCAAAGGAAAGAAGAAACAUGCUAACCUAUGAAGAAAAUUGGAAACAUCAAAUAAAUGAUAUACUACCUUCACUAGAAAAAGAAAUUAAAAUCAGUCAGCAAGUGAAUGAAUCAAAAAGUUUAGAAUUAGAGAAGAUAAGAGAGGAAGGAAUAACGAAAUUAGACGCGAUCAAACGUGAAAAAUUACAACUUCCAUCAGAUGAUUUACCAAAUGUAUCAAAAUUAUCACAAGUCUCAAAAGAUUUGUUACUAGACCAUCGUUUGAUAACUUGUAAUUUGAAAGAAGUCAAUGAGAACUUGUCAAAAAUUCAAAAAUUCGACGCUAAGAAAGAGUUUAGUAUAUCACCAACAAGAUCAAUGAUUUCUCAAACCGAUCUAACUACGAUCAAGCCCUCAAAAAGAUCACUUUCUUUAUCACCUCAAAAAAUUCAAGAGACUCCAAAUACAAACUUAGAAUCCAAUAACAACAAUACCAAUAUAAGACUAUUAAAAUCUCCGUCUAAAAUACCAACUUUCAAAAGACUGGAAACUACAAUUUCUUCUCAACAAAAUAAAAAACGUAAAGUUUUCCUGCCAAUUGAAAGUAACUUAAUGUAA